AUGGAGGCGAAGAACUUUGCAGUUUGGGAUUAUGUUGUAUUUGCAACCCUUUUUGUCAUUUCUUCUGGAAUUGGGGUGUUUUUUGCUAUUAAAGAGAGAAAAAAGUCAAGUUCUCGGGAGUUCCUGGUAGGGGGAAGACAAAUGAGCUUUGGCCCUGUAGCCUUGUCUCUGACUGCCAGCUUCAUGUCUGCUGUCACUGUCCUUGGAACGCCUUCUGAUGUCUACCGGUAUGGGGCCUCCUUCAUCCUGUUCUUCAUUGCAUAUGCAUUGGUUAUCAUCUUCACAUCGGAGCUCUUCCUGCCUGUGUUUUACAGGUCUGGCAUCACCAGCACUUAUGAGUACUUACAACUACGAUUCAAUAAAGCAGUUCGCUAUGCGGCGACAGUCAUCUACAUCAUCCAGACGAUUCUCUACACUGGAGUGGUGGUUUAUGCUCCUGCCCUGGCACUCAAUCAAGUGACUGGAUUUGAUCUCUGGGGCUCUGUGUUUGCAACAGGAAUUGUUUGUACAUUCUACUGUACCUUGGGAGGAUUAAAAGCAGUGGUGUGGACAGAUGCAUUUCAGAUGGUUGUCAUGAUUGCGGGCUUCUUGACAGUUCUAAUCCAAGGAUCGUCUCGUGCUGGUGGAUUCCACAAUGUGUUAGAACAAGCAAAAAAUGGAUCCCGACUAAAUAUAGUUGAUUUUGAUGUAGAUCCUCUCAGGCGGCACACUGUCUGGACAAUUGUAGUGGGAGGAACAUUUACUUGGCUUGGGAUCUAUGGAGUUAAUCAAUCAACCAUCCAACGAUGUAUCUCUUGUAAAACAGAAAAACAUGCUAAGCUGGCCUUAUAUUUAAAUUUGUUGGGUCUCUGGAUCAUUUUGGUGUGUGCUGUCUUCUCUGGCUUAACCAUGUAUGCCUACUUCAAAGACUGUGACCCUUGGACUUUUGGCAUUGUCUCAGCACCAGAUCAGCUGAUGCCAUACUUUGUCAUGGAGAUAUUUUCAACCAUGCCAGGGGUUCCAGGACUUUUUGUUGCUUGUGCCUUCAGUGGAACACUAAGCACGGUGGCUGCAAGCAUCAACGCCUUAGCAACAGUGACAUUUGAGGAUUUUGUGAAGAGCUGCUUUCCACAUAUUUCUGACAAGAAGAGCACCUGGAUCAGUAAAGGCUUAUGUAUCUUGUUUGGUGUAAUAUGUACCUCCAUGGCUGUGGCUGCAUCCCUCAUGGGGGGUGUUGUGCAGGCUGCCCUCAGCAUCCUUGGUAUGUGUGGUGGACCGAUGUUGGGUUUGUUCUCUCUGGGCCUCAUGUUUCCUUUUGUGAACUGGAAGGGUGCCCUAGGUGGUCUUCUUACUGGAAUCACCUUGUCAUUUUGGGUGACCAUAGGGGCCUUUGUCUACCCUGCACCAGCCUCUAAGACAUGGCCCUUACAUUUAUCAACAGAACAGUGUGAUCAUUCAAAUAUGACAACAACAACACCUCCAGUAACAGUAACCAGGCCUAUGCUAGCUGACACCUGGUACUCACUCUCGUACCUUUACUUCAGUGCAGUUGGCUGGCUGGCAUGCGUUCUUGCUGGAAUAAUAAUCAGCUUCAUCACAGGUCCCCAAAAAGGCAAGGAUAUACAACCACAGUUAAUUAGACCAGUUUGCAAUUUAUUUUGCUUCUGGUCUGAGAAAUACAAGAGGGUAUGUUGGUGUGGAGUUCAGCAUGACAGUGAGACACAACAUGAGAACGUUGAGAGUGGCAGUGACUGGAAACAAGGGGUUGAAUCUGCUUUACAGAAUGGACUCAGUGGAGAAAGCGUGGCUCAUGUUCCAGGAUACGAUCCGAAGGACAAAAGUUACAACAAUAUGGGAUUUGAGAAAGUUACUCAUUUCUAG